CAAGAACACCACCUUCCUGAGCACACAAUGACGGUGGUAACGCCAACACCAACGAUCCUCCUCUUCGGAGGCUACACGGAGCCGUGGCUCGAGUCGAUCGACCGCAUCCAUGAGCAGGCCGGCAAAUGCGCCUGGCUCCGGCUGUUCUUAGACGACGUGGCGUCGGCCGUCCGGGCGGAGACGCGGCAUAUGCACCCCAAGAUCCGGAACAGUCUGGGGCCUAGUGGUAUCUUUUCCAGUGUUCAGGAAGUCGCGGACUUAUAUCGCGAUCAUGAUGACGAUGUUGGGUUUGUGCAGUGUAUCAUGUCAUACAUUGUGCGGGCUGUUAUUCUUUUAAGAUGGGUCCAUGAUUCACCAGACGCCUUGAAAGCGAAUCCCAGACCCGAGGGGCUGGGCAUCUCAGGAGGUCUGAUCAACGCCGCGGUCCUGGUCAUAUCAGACGACUUCGAGUCGCUCCGUGAAGCCAGCGUCGUCACUGCUGGGUUCGUAUGUCGCCUGUGCGAGGUUGCCGGGCAGGUCUCACGAGCUGUGGAAGACGGCGGCAGCGGCAGCUCCUCCUCAUGGGGCUGUGCCGUCGUGGGCAUCACGCCCGAGAAGCUGGACGGCAUCCUUCACCAGAUCCAGGAGAGCAGCAAAGUCCCAAGCCUGAAGAGAGCGCGGGUGGGCAUCCGAGGCGACCACUGGGGCACCGUUGUCGGCCCUCCCUCGGUGCUCGACGCGUGUUUAAAGGACUCUAGACUGGGAGAUGUCGCCACGCAGAGGCUUCCUAUCUACUCGAUGCAGCACAACCACGAGCUUUCACAAUCACAUCGCGAGUACAUUGCCGGAAACUCAGCCCUCCAUUCCAAGUCUAUUUAUCCGGGAUCUCAACUUUGGGGCCUUCGGGUUUCCGAUGAAGACGACGAUACCGUUCUUCCCACCUACGCAAAUUGGGGUCAGCUGCUUCUGAGCGUGGCAGACUAUGCCUUUUCAAGACCGGUUGACUUGGUGGACAUGGUGAAAAGGUUGAACAGCCAUCUCGGCGCAGAGUCUUGCCAAGGCGUGCAACUCUCGAUAAUAGGUCCGACGUGGUUCGCCGGCUCUCUCACCAGCAAACUCAAGGCAACAGGCAGACGGGUCUCGGUCGCACAGCACACCGAACUCGGGAGCGAGAAUCAUGAAUCGAGAUCGCAGGAAGCUGUAGACAGCUACGAAGGGCGUAUUGCCGUGGUGGGCAUGGCCGGACGUGCCCCCGAGUGCGACGACCUGGAGGAAUACUGGAACAUCAUCGAAUCCGGUCGCGAUAUCGCGCGUGAGAUCCCCCAAGGACGGUUCGACGCUGACAAGCUUUUCCAAACCAAGCAGAGCCCCAACUGUGUGUCAACGUGCAAGAUGGGAUGCUUCCUCGACAAGCCGGGACACUACGAUUCGCGGUUCUUCCGCGUGUCACCACGCGAGGCUCUCAUCAUGGACCCAGGUAGCCGGCUAUUCCAGAUGGCGUGCCAUGAGGCGCUGGAGUCGGCAGGCUAUUCAUGCGGCAAAACAAAGGCCGUGGAUCCGAGUCGCAUCUCCGUCCUCUUCGGCCAGAGCAACGUGGACGGGUACGAGACGGCGCACCAUGAGAAAGGCUGCGACGCAUACACACUACAAGCCCUCGCGAGACCCUUUGCAGGUGGCCGUGUCGCCUUCCACUACGGUUGGGAGGGCGCGACAUAUUCCAUCGACCAGGCCUGCUCGACCUCACUCUCGCUCAUCCACCUAGCCUGCCGGGGUCUGCUGGCGGGCGACCACGAUAUGGUGGUUGCCGGUGCCGCCAACGUGCUGGCCUCACCACAUGGAUGGUGUCUGCUGAGCAAGGCAGGUGUGCUUUCGGACACAGGCAACUGCCGGACCUUCCGGGAUGAUGCUCAGGGGUACUGCCGCGGAGAGUUUGUAGGUGUCGUGGUGCUGAAGCGUCUUGCUGACGCCAUCGCCCACAAUGAUCGUAUCCUCUCCGUCAUCCCCGGCUCAGCGCGCAACCAAGCUGGCAACUCGGCCUUCCUCACUCAGUCAGAUUCAGGGGCCGAGGAACGCGUGCUGCGCCAGACGCUGCGACAGGCGCGUCUCAGCCCGCGGGAUAUUGCGUACGCUGAAAUGCAUGGUACUGCGACUCCUGUUGGCGACCCAUGUGAGAUGACAGCCGUCGCGAAUGUGUUGGGCCGGAGACGCAGGACGCCGGCCGGGGGUAAGGAGGAGGCCGACGGCGAAGAUGCAGACCAGCCCCUGACGGUUGGAUCUGUGAAAGCGAACAUCGGUCACAGCGAAGCGUCCUCUGGAGUUGCUUCGGUGAUCAAGGCCAUCCUCAUGUUCCAGAAACAGAUGCUGCCGCCACAGGCUGAUAUGCCGCACGCCCUCAACAAGCAGUUCCCAUCAUUGGAGCAUAAUAAGAUCAGAAUUCUGAGCAAGGCCGCCCCGUUCCGUCCUGAGAGCGGGAAGAGAAGGCGUAUUCUGGUCAACAACUUCGACGCUGCGGGCGGGAACACAGCCUUGGUGGUGGAAGAUUUUCAAGGCCCGGACACAAAGGCCGUAACUUCUAGCACUGAAAUUGACCCGCGAUCAGCACACGUUGUUGUGCUCUCGGCACACACGGCCGCGUCGCAUCAAGCCAACAAAUCCCGCCUGGCAAGAUGGCUUGCUGCGAACCCAUCCGUCCGUAUCGAGGACGUUGCAUACACGACCACGGCCCGAAGGGUCCACCAGGCUUCUUUCCGCUUUUCCUGUGUCGCAUCUUCUACAAAAGAGCUUGUCCAGGCACUGGAGUCUGACUCCAAGCCGACCACAACCAAGACAUCGCCCGUAAUCUUCGUCUUCACCGGCCAGGGCUCACACUAUGCCGGCAUGGGCGCCGAGCUUUAUCGGACUAGCACAGUCUUUAGGGACACUGUGGACCUUUGCCAGCACAUCCGCAGCGGAUUCGGAUUCCCACCUUUCUUGGACAUCAUCACCGGAGCUGGAAGCGGGGCACGGGCCGGAGCCGGGAUCGGAAGUGGGGCUUGGAGUACGGCGCAGACGCAGCUCGCCGUGCUGGCGCUGGAAAUCGGUCUCGCUACCUUCUGGCGGCGCUUGGGAGUCGAGCCGGAUCUUGUGAUGGGGCACUCCUUGGGCGAGUAUGCUGCCCUGCAUGUGGCCGGCGUGCUCUCACUCGCUGACGCCCUCUACCUCGUCGGUUCUCGCGCCGCGUUGGCCAUGCAAAAGUGUAACAGCCAAGGUGUCUGCGCCAUGCUCGCUAUUGCGGCACCCGCAGACACCGUGCAAGAUCUGCUCAGGGAUCUGGGCCUUGAUGCCGACAAGUGCUCAGUUGCUUGCCUCAACAGUCCCAGCGCGUCGGUUGUGAGCGGGACAGUCGACGCCGUCGCACGACUCCAGGGAGCGCUCAUGAAGCAGAAGACGCGCUCAAAGGUACUUCCGCUGCCUUUCGGUUUCCACUCAUUUCAGGUCGACGCUAUCCUGGACUACUUCGUGGCGCUCGCAUCUGGUCCUGGCAUCACAUACUCCCUGCCGCCAAAGGUGCCCGUAGCCUCGACGCUACUAGCCUCUAUUGUGGACGAGAAUGCUGCCGCAGGAAGUCUCCAGUUCGGUCCUGAAUACCUUGCCAAGCAAGCUCGAAACCCCGUCGACUUUGUCGGCGCGCUCCAUGCCGUCCAGGCUAAGUUCAAGGACAGUAACCCGGUUUGGCUCGAGAUCGGGCCAAGCCAGGUGUGCGGCGCAUUUGUUCAGGAGACUAUCUCGCCGCCGACUGGCCAUGUCGUAUCGACGCUGAAGGCUGCCGGCUCGAGUCCUUGGGUGGGUAUCUCGGAGUGUCUGGCCAGCCUGUACGUGAACGGUUGCGAUCCGGACUGGCUCCUGCUCCACGCGCCAUUUGAGAAGAACCUCCAGCUACUCACAUUGCCCUCGUAUUCCUGGGAUACCAAGGACUUUUGGAUUGCCUACAAGGAGAAAAAGUUGGUAGAUGGGCCUGCUGCUCGUGAUGAUGGUGCUCCGGGACAUCUAGCUCGCCAACAGCCCAUCAUAUCCACUUGUGCGCAGUACAUCGUGGACAAGACCAAAGACAAGGAUGGCAAGACCCGCGUCACCGUCGGCGCUUCGAUUGCAAUCCCAGGACUCCUUGCCAUGAUGGAAGGUCACCGUAUGCAAGGCGUAGGUCUCUGCCCCGGCUCCGUCUUCAGCGAGGCCGCCUUUGUCGCAGCCAAGUGCGCGCUUGAGCACCGCAACGGCAGGAAGAUGGACGAUAACUUCAACAUCAUGGAACGCUUCAGUCUCCAGAAAGCCAAUCUGCAACGUCCGCUCACGGCCAGCAUCGUUGGUCCGGAUGGUGAGCUUCACGCCACAGCUGUCAUCGAGUCGGAGGGUGUUGUCCAAGUUUCGUUCAAGGCGCUGUCUCGGUCGUCAGCACGCUCGUUCGACCUGGGCCGCUGCGACGUCGUAGUCCACAACGGCAUUCAGCCCAACGCUGAGUCGGACUCCUUCUAUAUCAGGGCGAGAAUGCUUGAGGUGCAGCGGUCUUGCAGCAGCAGACUGCCAGCGAGCAUCUUCUACGCUCUUUUCUCGCGUGCCGUCCAGUACGCGUCUGACAAUUACCGUUGCAUCAGGGAGGCGUUCGUCUCGGACGACUUUUCGGAGGCGGUGGCCGAAGUUGUACCUGUCCGCGACCCCGCUGACGUGACUUUUGUGGCGGGAUCCCCUUACUGCGGCGAAGCGCUGGCACAUCUAGCCGGUUUCUUGGUCAACUGUCAUCCUAGCCGGGUCUCCUCUCGGACGGGCGCGAGCUCGAGCUACAUCAUGGAUAGCCUCGAACGGUUCGAGCAGAUGGCGAAGAUUGAGCCUGGUCGGUCGUACUGGACAUACGCGCGUGUCUCUGAGAGGAAAGCUGACUCGGCCGUCUGCGAGGUCGUUGUUUUUGACGAUGCUGACAGGCUGGUCAUGAGGACCUGGCGGAUGAGGUUCCACGAGGUGCCCAACGCGGCUUUAUUGCAAAAUCUGGCGCCUGGGUCGGGUGGCAGGCAGCAUCAAGACCAGGGCCGACCAGAAAAGGCUGGUGGAGGCGUCGCGAAUGUAGGGCAGACGCUUCCACCGGCAAAGGCUUCCGACAUGAUAGUGGCCAAGACGGAGAAUGAGACGAGGGCCAAGCCGCUCUCUGUAUUGCCGGAUCAAGACCAAGCCUUCGCCGAUGAUAGCAGCCAACAAGCCCCUAGCCAGGCCAAGGUCGGCUUGCUCUCAGUCAUCCUCGAGAGCAUUGCUGAAGAGACAGGCUUAGACACGACGGAGCUGACUGAUGAUGCCGCGCUGGCUGACCUGGGCGUGGACUCCAUCAUGGCCGUGGAGAUCUGUACCCGGGUUAAGGAGAAGUCGGAUUAUCCACUGUCUCCACUGUUCAUGUUGGAGUAUCCGACGAUAGGUCACCUUGUCCAGUCGUUUGGUACACCAAAGCCACAAGAACAACCACAGAGACAAGAGAAGGAGACACCAAACCAGAAAGAACAACAGAUGGAACAACAGAACACAACGGUAUCCACACCUUCUGUUCAAACUGGUGAUUCCACGGCCUCCGGAGGGACACCUGUAGCCGAGCGCACCCCGGAGUCGUCGUCAUCUUCGUCGGUAGUUGAUGAAAAGACCACCAGCGAUGAGCCUCUUCCAAAAGCCCGAAUUACCAUGCUGCAAGGACGACCACAGGCUGGCAAGGGGCGCCUGUACUUGGUCUGUGAUGGCGGUGGUAGCAUCGCCACCUACAUCCAUCUGCUCCGCCGCCAAUUUCCCCUACCUGUCUACGGCAUCGACUCACCCUUCCUGCGCUGCCCGUCACGGAUGACGACACAGGUUGGCAUUGUCGGCGUUGCCAAGAUCAUGGUGGAAGCUCUCAUCGAGACUCAGCCCAAUGCUGGCCUCUCCGAAGCCGAAGAGGACACCAUUGUUAUCAGCGGCUUCUCCGGUGGGUCUCUGUUCUGCUAUGAAAUGUGCCGCCAACUCCUGGCACAAGGGCGGCGCGUGGCCGGCAUCGUGAUACUGGACAUGCGCUGUCCUCUCCCGCCGCCGCCGCCAUCAGCAGCAGCCUGGUCGGACGAGGAGACUUGGCCCGUCUUCUUCACCACCUCGGGAGAGCACUUCAUCGGUAAUACCCCGGGCUUCGACAUCACGGAGCACCUGCGCGCCAUGUUCACGUGCGUUCUGGAUUACCACCCGCCGUCCCUAGCAGACGCCGGAUCAGUUCUUCGCAUUCCCGCCGCCGUCGUCUGGUGCAAGGGAGGCAUGGUGAGCCGUCUCAGGCGGCGCCGGCCUGAGCUCGUCGCCAAGCUCGCCGACAUGAGCUACCCUGUUGAGUCGUAUCCGGGGUUCAUGGAGAACCCGAAGCUGGGCGCAGUGGCGUGGAGCCUGCCGGACAAAAAGUCCGAAACGGACCUGGGCCCUGGUGGCUGGGACAAGUAUGUAGGUGCCGGUGAGAACGGCGAGGUAGGCAAGAAUAUGGUGUGCUUGGCUGUUGAGGGGGACCAUCAUGACGCUAUUGCUCCUACCCGGGCGCAUCGCUUGGCGGAGUCACUGGACAGGGGUGUCAGGUUUGUGCUUGGAAAGAAAAGCUCUUCAACUUAG